GUUCUCUACUUCUCCUAUAAUUACAUACUCCUGCAUUUGCGAAGUAGACAAAAAUGCUGCGCCCCGACGUGUCACGCAAGAAGGAGUACAAGAAGGGCAUUGAUGCCGAGGAGGCGCGCCGCAAGCGUGAGGACAAUAUCAUCGCUCUCCGUCAGAACAAGCGCGAUGAGAACCUGCAGAAGAAGCGCUCCACGUUUGCGCCGGCCUCGGCGUCCGCCAACUUUGGCAUCGAGGAUAGCACCAAGAACGCUGUUGGGCGGCACCAGCUCGAUGAGCUGCCCAUGAUGGUCCAUGGCGUGUUCAACGGAACCGUCAGCGAGCAGUACGAUGCAACCCAGCGCUUCAGGAAGCUCUUGUCGAUUGAGCGCAACCCGCCUAUUGAGGAGGUUAUUAAGACGGGCGUCAUCCCCAAGUUCGUGGAGUUCCUGAUGCGCCAUGACACGCCUCAGCUCCAGUUUGAGGCGGCCUGGGCCCUUACCAACGUAGCCUCGGGCACUUCUGAGCAUACGAAGGUGGUCAUCGACCACAACGCAGUGCCCAUCUUUGUGCAGCUCCUGAACUCUCCUAACGACGAUGUCCGCGAGCAGGCUGUUUGGGCACUGGGCAACAUUGCCGGUGACUCCCCCAAGUGCCGCGAUUAUGUGCUUGGGCACAACGCACUGCCGCCGCUGCUUGAGCAGCUGAAGGAGAACAGCAAGAUUUCCAUGCUCCGUAACGCCACUUGGACGCUCUCCAACUUCUGCCGUGGCAAGCCCGCGCCUAACUUCACUGUGACGCGCCAGGCCCUGCCCACGCUGGCGCGCCUGAUCCACCAUACGGACGAGGAGGUGCUGACCGAUGCUUGCUGGGCGCUUUCAUACCUCUCCGAUGGCGAUAACGACCGUAUUGACAAGGUCAUCGAGUCGGGAGUGUGCCGACGGCUCGUGGAGCUGCUCCUGCACUCGUCGCCUGGUGUGCUUGUCCCUGCCCUCCGCACUGUUGGGAACAUUGUGACCGGCAACGACAUGCAGACCCAGGUUAUUAUCAACUGCGGGGCAUUGGCUUGCCUACACAACCUGAUGAUGACUAACCACAAGAAGAGCAUCAAGAAGGAGGCGUGCUGGACCGUGUCCAACAUCACAGCCGGGACGAAGGACCAGAUCCAGUGUGUCGUCGACUCCGGGCUCAUUCCCCCUCUCAUCAACCUGCUUUCCACCGCCGAGUUCGACAUCAAGAAGGAGGCGGCAUGGGCUAUCAGCAACGCCACCUCUGGCGGCACUUCGGAGCAGAUUAAGUACCUGGUCCAGCAGGGCUGCAUUCCGCCGUUGUGCAACCUGCUGACGGUCGCCGACAUUCGCAUCAUCACUGUUGCCUUGGAGGGCCUGGAGAACAUCCUGAAGAUUGGGCAGCAGGAGCGCAAUAUGCCUGGCAGCGCUGGAGUUAACCCGUACGCGCAGCAGAUUGAGGACGCCGAUGGCCUGGACAAGAUUGAGCACCUGCAGGACCACCCCAACGAGGACCUGUACGAGAAGGCGGUGCACAUCCUGGAGACGUACUUCGAUGUGGAUGAGGGCGAUGACCAGAACCUGGCGCCAAGCGUGAACCCGGCCCAGAACACCUACUCCUUUGGCGCCCCUGCGCCAGCUCAGGGGGCGUUCAACUUUGGGGACCCCAACGCUGGGGCAGCGGCUCCCCAGUUCAACUUCCAGUAGCUUCAGCUUCAGCUGCGCGGUGGGGGAAGCAAUCAGCAGGGAGUUGGAAUGAUGGACCUCAUGCAUGCCAUAUCGCAUGUGUAAGGGGCAUGUGAGGUUCCUUGGCACGUUAGUGGCAGGCGAUUGCAGGGGCAGGAGGGUGUUUCGGUUGGCAGGUUUGGAGGCUUAUUUAGUUUUCAGGUACAGGGGCUUUACGUCCAGUUAAAACUGGCGACCUGUUAUGACUUAGCUGAGAGCUCAUGCUGGUUUGAAAGCGCUGGUUGCUGCUUAUGCUGCACGAGUGCAGGUUUAUGGUGUGCAAACGGUGGGGCCUAAUGAAGAACAUGCAAGGUUUCGUGUGCAGUCUUGAGCUGCGUAGUAGUUAGCAUGCCUAGUUACGGGUCUUUGGCAGUGUGUCUUCCAUGCAAACGCACAUUGCAGGGCUUGUUGGGCUUGUUAUGAGCGACGACUUCGAGAAUUAUCGUUAGGUCUUGCGGCUGCCUCAGGAGCGGCUGUGCUUAAACUCACGGUGCACAAAAUGCUGUUUCGUCGGCGCAUGUGUGAUAUGUCGAGUCAAUUUUCCUGCUUCUGUUUUGGUGUUUGCGAUUGUGAUACAUAUAGUUAUUUUCUACAUUUUUGCUGCUCAAUCGCCAACACCAAAACAUAACGUGCGAUGUUUAGUGCGGGCUAGGGACGUUUUAACGUUCGUUAUUGCCGUGUUGUGACAUGGUACCGCGUUGUGGUGUGGCAGCGUACUGCAUAUCGUUUGGUGUUUGUGCUUGUCUUGUUUGUCGGUUCUAUUUUGACCAUUUUUUUUACUUCUAUGCAAAGCGAGUCGUAACCCAUACGUCAACAUGCCGUCUCAUCUCCGCAUGAUUUGGAGGGGGGCGGUCUGUUGCCGUCGUGUAAAGUGUUUCAAGUCAAUCUGAGAGUUUCAGUUCCAUGCGUCGUGAGGAUUACCCUUGUCUGCGCCCUCAGCAAGUUACAUACACGAAUGAAGCGUUAACAUAGAUGUAGUCAGUGCUGGUUGCCAAAGCUAGUCUCGUGCAGUAUCUCUAAACGAUAGUCCAAAGUAGGCUUUCUUCUUCCGGGUGUCGCUUUGUCAUUGUGAUGGAGCACCUCCUUGUAAAACUUCUGGAAACUAUCAUGAGGAGUGUAACCGGUUUGUGUUGCUGAACACAGUACGAUU